UUACGCAUGCGCAAGUGGUAGCGAGGAUUGGAGCGCCGUCAGUUAGCUUCGUUUUGUUCCGCUGCGUUUACCAGAAAAAACUACUUUCCUCGAAGCAGAAAUGUCAACAAGUGACUUUUAUUUGAGGUACUAUGUUGGACACAAAGGCAAGUUUGGACAUGAGUUCCUGGAAUUUGAAUUCAGACCUGAUGGUAAAUUGAGAUAUGCAAACAACAGCAACUACAAGAACGACGUGAUGAUCAGGAAAGAGGCUUACGUACACAAGAGUGUGAUGGAAGAGCUGAAAAGGAUCAUCGACGACAGUGAGAUCACCAAGGAAGAUGAUGCGCUGUGGCCUCCUCCUGAUAGAGUUGGAAGACAGGAACUGGAGAUCGUCAUUGGAGACGAGCACAUUUCAUUCACAACUUCCAAGAUUGGCUCUUUGAUUGACGUGAACCAGUCAAAGGACCCUGAAGGCCUUCGAGUGUUCUACUACCUGGUUCAAGAUCUGAAAUGUCUCGUCUUCAGUCUCAUUGGUCUACACUUCAAGAUCAAGCCGAUCUAAAUGUGGAUUUUGGUUUGAAAGUUUUUUUCCUUAUGUUGUUGUCCUACCGCAUUUGUACAUUUGCUUUUGGUGGAUUGUUUUUUAUUUUAAAUAAAAGUUUAAA